AUGGUUGAUGAAUAUGAUGCUCUAAUUAAAAAUAAGACGUGGGAAUUAGUACCGCAUCCUAAUGAUGUGAAUCUUAUUCGUUCUAUGUGGAUUUUUAGGCAUAAAAAGAAAUAUUAUGGUUCUUUUGAGCGGUAUAAGGCCCGUCUUGUAGGUGAUGGAAGGUCUCAACAGGUUGGAGCGGAUUGCGACGAAACUUUUAGCCCGGUUAUCAAACCGGCAACUAUUCGGGCCGUGUUGAGUAUAGCACUGUCACAUUCGUGGCCCAUGCAUCAGUUGGAUGUCAUGAAUGCCUUCCUUCAUGGAAAUCUUAAUGAGACAGUUUAUAUGCAUCAACCCAUGGGUUUUCGGGAUCCGAAAUACCCAAAUCAUGUGUGUCUAUUGAAGAAGUCAUUGUAUGGGCAAUCCCCACGUGCCUGGUACCAACGGUUUGCUGACUAUGUUUUCACCAUUGGCUUCUCCCAUAGCCGAGCUGAUCACUCACUUUUUAUCAAUUGUCGUGGUUCUGACAUUGCUUAUAUUCUUCUAUAUGUUGAUGAUAUCAUUCUCACAGCUUCUUCAGAUGCUCUCAGAAAAUCCAUCAUGUCUCUUCUCAGUGCCGAAUUUGCAAUGAAGGACUUAGGUCCUUUGAGCUAUUUUUUGGGUAUUUCUAUUACCCGCACUUCAGGUGGCUUGUUUAUCUCUCAGAAGAACUAUGCAACAGAUAUUAUUGAGCGUGCAGGCAUGACUUCCUGCAAAUCGAGUCACACUCCCGUAGACACCAAGGCCAAGCUUGGUGCCUCGGCUGGGCCAUCUUAUGGGGAUCCUACACACUACAGGCAACUAGCAGGUGCAUUGCAGUAUCUCACAUUUACCAGGCCAGACAUCUCUUAUGUUGUUCAACAGGUGUGUUUACACAUGCAUGAUCCGAAAGUCGAGCAUAUGAAUGCUCUCAAGCGUAUUGUGCGCUACAUUCAAGGUACUAUUGAUCUUGGGCUCCAUCUGUAUAAGUCUUCUAUUGCAUCCCUAGUCUCUUAUACAGAUGCAUAUUGGGGUGGGUGUCCAGACACUCGUCGCUCCACAUCCGGUUACUGUAUUUUUCUUGGUGAUAAUCUGUUGUCAUGGUCCUCAAAACAGCAACCUACAUUGUCCAAAUCAAGUGUCGAGGCAGAAUAUCGUGGUGUGGCAAAUGUAGUUUUUGAAUCUUGUUGGCUUCAAAACUUACUUUUGGAGCUCCGUUGUCCCAUCCGGAAAGAUACAUUGGUUUAUUGUGAUAAUGUUAGUGCCAUCUAUCUCCUCCGGUAA